AUGCAUGUUGGAAGUAGCCAACAAAUUCAUACAUGUCGACGAUCGUUCGUGUCGAGUAGAAAUCGACAACAACAAAGAGGAAAUGAAUUUAAAGGAUCACUUGAUAUUAUUGUCCAACAUGGUAAUAUUAUCAUCAAAUUUGAAUCAUUGAUUUGUAAAUCAUUGGUCAAAGUAUUAAAAGUACAUCAAGCUAAAUAUCCAUCAAAAUUCACCAAACGAUUAAUUAAUCAACCAAAGAAUUCACCAUCUCCAUCCCCUUCCAUCAUCUCCUCCUCUGACAACAAUAAUAAUGUUAAAUAUUUACAAAGAUAUGUUAAAUCAUUAGAGUCUACGCAAGGAAUGAUUAGAGUAUUGGAUUUGAUGAACUUCUUUCCAUUGGCACUACCACAAGUUUGGAGCCAACAUCAACGAUCAUUGAUUUAA